AUGCUUUUGGGUGGUGGGAAGGUGGAGAAGAUGUGGUCUGCCCCGCUGUCCCUUGGAGUGCUAGCCAUCUUGACCAUGACUCUGUAUGUCCCAUCUACACAUGGAGAGCCUUUUUUACUACAAGAGAACCGAGUGCUUCCGGAGAGAGGAGACACAAAUCACGACAACACCCUGCUGACUCUGCUUCUUAAUAAGAAGCUUGCAUGGCGGAGACCGGAAAAUAUUGACUGGGAGCUGGCAAAGAAAUUUGAAGAGCUUGAACAGCUGGAGAAGUUGAAGGAUCAGCUCUCAACUGAGGAAGGGUCAGAGGUGGCCUAUGCCUUGGAAAGUCUCUCAGCAUCCCAGCCCAAAAAACGUGCCUGCUUUUGGAAAUACUGCAUCUGA